GUUUUUGUUUGCUCUUUUGGCGGGAAAUAACCAGUGCCAAAUAUUGUUUACAAUUUGAUUUUGUGGCGGUUUUUCAAGGAAACCUAGGAUGGAUCAAUAUCCCGAUGAGAACGAGGAGUUCGAGCUGCAAUACCAAGAUGAAUUGGAGCUGUUGGAAGACUUGCCGGACGAGUUUAACCCGUACGAUGGCCCCAGCACCUCAAAACAGGCAGCGGAGAAACAAAAGGAAAACAGAGAGCCUCCGGCUUUAAAAGAUGUCUCCCGCCUUGGUAACUCCACGCUGGGAUCGCCACAACUAUCCCAGAUUACUUUCGGAGCCAGCCAGUUAAGUGGUGAAGAUGAAGGCGCAGGAACUUCAGGCGGAGGCCAUGUAAAUCGACGUCUUUUCGGGACUCCCAAGGGUCCGCCAGUGGGCAGGGGCUGCUCCACGCCCUUCCAACGGAUGCCCGCCAUUCAGGAGCUGGAAAACACUCAGCUAACUAGCCGGGGAUUUGCCCAGGAAAAGGAAAAUGAGGCUGCAAAUCAACUCCAGGAAGUUGGCCUCAAAAACGUCAACAAGCGCCGUCUGGAACGUGAUCUCUUCGGGGAUAUAGAUGAUCUCUUCCACGAGUCCUACGAAGACCCUAUGGUGAAGAAAGCCCGAACCGAGGAGCAACGGGAUAACGAGGCCAUCGACAAGAUCCUCGAACUUCGACGGAAAAUGCGAGAGUCCAGCAAAACUAUGCGGAAAGAUGAAGUGAGCCGGCUAAAAGCCCUACAUGACUUCAAGAUGAGGAAUCUGUCAUAUGAGAUCCCAAACUGGCCUUUGGCCAUUCAGAGGAGCGAUCUCGAGCGGAUCUAUGUUAGAUUUCACUCCGAGGAAUACGAGCAAAGGCAGCUAGACAUGAUCAGUGCUAGAGGCGAAGUGGUGGGCAGCCUUUUGGGCGAAGCCAAGGAGAAGAUCUGGCAGGAAGCCAGCGAAAUAGUGAUAAGUCGUUGUGCAGUGGAAGCCGAUCCAGAUGUUACCCUCGUGUCCACCAGUUCCAGCACGGAACCUGGACGCCUGUGGGUGGACAAGUACAAGCCGAGAAAGUACAUUGAUCUGCUCUCCGAUGAAAUGACCAACAGGAGUCUGCUUUAUUGGCUAAAAAUGUGGGAUAAGGUGGUCUUUGGCAAAGCUUUCCACACCAAACAGGAACAAGAGGCGGUGUCCGGAGAAACAGGUGGUGGAGGAGCUAGCAACCAGCUGAAUAGCUUUAACAAGCGCACUGGCAAAUUCGAAUCUAAUGGCGGUUGGCGACAGCGUAAAUCUCGUCAGGCUCUCAACACAAAUGUAGAUGCCCUGGGCAGACCCAUGCAGAAGGUGGCUUUGCUGUGUGGUCCACCAGGUCUGGGGAAGACCACACUGGCUCACACAAUCGCCAGGCAUGCUGGCUAUAAUGUCCGGGAGAUCAACGCCUCCGAUGAUCGCAGUCCCGAGGCCUUUAAACUGGCUUUGGAGAACGGCACACAAAUGUCUUCGGUGCUGAAUGAGGACAAGCGACCCAAUUGCAUAGUUCUAGAUGAAAUCGACGGCGCUCCACGGCAGUCAAUUGACUAUUUAGUGAAGUUCAUCAGCGACGGGAUUUACAACAAAGUAAAAGCCAAGGGCGCUAAGCCAGAGCACAAUGUUCUUAAGCGACCCAUUAUCUGCAUUUGCAACGAUGUCUACGAUCCCGCCCUGCGUCCUUUAAGACAAGUGGCCUUCGUGGUCAGUUUUCCACCCAUCGCAUCUGCACGUCUAGCGGAAAGAUUAGUUAAGAUUGCCCACAGAGAGCAGCUAAAGACAGACUUUGGCUCUCUGAUUGCCUUGGCUGAGAAAUCUGGUAAUGAUGUGCGAAGCUGCAUAUCUUCCAUGCAGUUCUUUAAUGUCCAAAAACACAGUCUCACUCUGCAAGAUGUGCUCAACAACAAUCUAGGACAAAAGGAUAGGCAUCAAGGUCUCUUCGCUGUGUGGGAUGCCAUUUUCCGAAUACAACGCCCGCGGAAAACCCUCCAGGCGGACGCCAGUAAGGUCGACGAACCCGCCCAGGUAACAAUGACCAACAUGUCAGUGACCACACGAGUUAGCAAUGUUCUGGAUGUCGUCCAUUCCAGUGGAGACUUCGAAAGACUUACCCAAGGCGUGUACGAGAAUUACCUACAACAGAAGAUGCCCGAUCCCAACUUUACGGGCGUGUGUGAUGCCCUCAAAUGGUUUUGCUUUACGGAUACAGUACAACAUCAGAUUAGCAGACAGCAGAACUACAGUGUGUACCCGUACCUGCAAUACGGCUUUGUCGUUUGGCACUUGCUGUUUGCCACACUGGCCUGGCCGAAAAUUGCAUUUCCCACGCGUGGCUUUGAGUUCCAGCAGAAGACCACCAACCAGAGAAACAUCUUUCAGGCCCUGUGCAAAGGUGUCACCACCUCGGCUUUGGGUGUGGGUCAGGGCAGAACUCUGCUCCUCGAUACAGUGCCAUUGCUGAAGAGGAUUCUAUCGCCGCAAUUGCGAUCCGUUGCUGUGCAGUUGCUGUCGCCGAAGGAGCAGCAGGACUUGCGACACACCAUCGAGGUGAUGGUUGAUCUCGGCCUGACUUUUGUGCAGGUCAAGUCCCAGGAAGGACACUAUAUCUUCCAAACUGAGCCGGAUCUCGAUGCACUCAGUGCUUUCCCAGGGUACGCUGGCCUCACGCUCCCGUACUUUAGUCGCCAGUUGAUAGCCCGUGAGGUGGACUUGGAAAGGAUCCGACGGGCUGCCCCCAAGGGUGGAGCACCUUCAGUUCCCGCCGCCAAAAAGAAGACACCAGGAGCUGCAGCCCAGCUACCCAAUCAUUUGCAAACACUGAAGCCGAAGCCAAUUUCGGCGUCAAAUAUGAGCAGUGCACCCAGGCAGCAGCUCACUAAAGACUUCUUUGGCCGGAUAACUCACAAAUCGGCUUCAACCAAUUCAGCAGAGGAAGCCAAAACCGAUGCUAUUGUGAAGAGCCCCAUUUGGUAUCGCUAUAAGGAGGGUUUCAACAAUGCCGUUCGCAAGGAUGUUCACAUACACGAACUGCUCUAGCUUUAGCUUUUUACUUAGGUCUCUUACUCUAUUUAUUCAAAUUGUAAAAUCACAUUCUAUAUAGGAAAUACCCGAAUGCAGGUUGGUAAUAAAUUUACUAUAAGUAA